AUGAACGACAGUAUCAAAUACGAGAUGGACAUGAAGAUGGAACCUUCUAGCCCACCGGAAAAGGACCGUACAAUGUACUCGCGGUGUUCGAGCGCGGGUAGCAUACACACACCGACCUCAUCUGCGCACAAUUCAGAGGACGAAGAAGACUCGGGCGAUAAUAAAAGUAGCACGAUGAGCUACAAGGAACGACGACGGGAGGCACACACCCAAGCGGAACAGAAGCGACGGGACGCAAUUAAGAAGGGCUACGAUUCGCUCCAGGAGCUAGUACCGACCUGCCAGCAAACCGAUGCGUCCGGCUACAAGCUUAGCAAAGCGUCCGUGCUGCAGAAAUCGAUCGACUACAUCGGGUAUCUGCUGCAGAGCAAGAAAAAGCUCGAAGAGGAACGGGCCUCGCUUCAGAAGGAGGUGAUGGCGUUGCGCAUCAUACAGAAGAAUUACGAAAACAUGCUGCAGCACCAGCAAACGUCGCCGGGCCGUACGGAGGCAAGGCUGAGCGAUGAUAUCAAGUUUCAGGUGUUUAAAGCGAUAAUGGACGAAAUGUUCGUCACGUUCGAGCAGCUGCCGAUGAACGACUUUGCGGAACUUACGUCCGGUGUUAUACCGUGGCUGGAGGAGCACUGUAAGCCGCACCUGUUGCGGGACGUGGUAAACCGGAUGCUGGCCCACAUAACGGCCAACAUUACGGCGGAGGUAGCGCAGGAUAGGGUGGGCAGCCGGGAUAUGAAUUGA